CCGACAGAGGACGACAGAGAAGUCUCAGAAAAAUUUACAGACUCAAGCUCUUUUCAGUUCUUGUCCAAACAGAAAUGGAACUACCGCUUAACAAUCAUGAGCAGAAAAAUCGAUCAUCUAGCUUUUCGUUCGCAGACGGAAACGACUGCAGUAAGUUAUGGAAUGAAGAUGAAGAUGUCAAAAUGGACCUUUACACAGCUUGUGCUAUUGGCCAAUAUAGUUGCGUUCAGCAGCAUCUAGCGGAAGGAGUGGAGAUCGCUGAUCUCGAUAAACAUAAUUUUAGUGGCUGGACUCCUCUUAUGUACGCUGCUUAUGUUGGACAUGUUAAUAUAGUAAAUCUCUUGCUCGAUAACUCUGUUAAUGUCAAUUCUCGCACAAAGAAAAAUGGUGCGACCCCUUUGAUGUUGGCAUCGAGCUGCGGCAAUGAACCUGUUGUGUAUUUUUUACUACAAAAUGGCGCCAAGAUCGAUGCUCAGGACAACAGAGGGUGGACGAGUAUUCUUUACGCCACGUUUCAUGGGCAUUUGGAAGUCGUGAAGACGUUACUAGAUGCUGGUGCUAAUACAGAGUUGAGGUACAACUAAAGGCUGCUUUUCACUAGCGACGGGGUGGGAGUCGUAAUCAGAAGCGUAGAACUUUACGAUCUAGUGAAAACAGCGUUCUGAUUCUUCUGAUUCCGCCUACGAUUCCGUUGUUUACGAUCAAGUGAAAACUGGGUCGUCGGAUUCGCAAGCAGAAGCAGAAGAGCUAAACCAGUCACAAAACGUGGGCACAUUCAUUAUGAUUUUUUCAUCCUUCUGCUUCUGCUUCCGACUCCGACAAUGGUUUUCAUUCGUCAUUUUGCUGGUGCAUUCAGUUUUUUCCUCCCCUAAAAGUAGUGAAAGCCAUUACCGUUUUGUAUACUUUAAUAUCCAGUUACGAAAUUAAUUUCAACUACCCCAACAAAGUGUAAAUUAUCAAAGGCUAUAACUUCAUCCUUGGUGUGUACCCGGGGAGGUUACUUCCUAGUAAUUGGCUAAUGGAGAUGUGCCAAUGGAUGUAGCCUGCGUGGCAGGAGUUCGAAACGGAAGGGGAAGGGAAUUUGGGCAUAAGGGAAAAGGGAUGAGCGGAACACCUGCAAAGAAGCUAUUGUUUUUGCCAUCCCGCCUACCAAUUAGGCAUGCAAACAUACCACAACUGUGAAUGUCUAGUUGUCAAAUACGUCAAACAUGCGCAUAGUCUUGGCGCAUUUCUUGCACUGUUUUUCUUUUGUUUUCCUAAAACAAGAAAACUAAUGUGAAAACUUGUACUAUAUAAAAGUUCAAAUCCGGUUGUCCAUUGAAGGAAGAGAGUUGCAAAAAAUUAAAACACUUUGCUAACUCUUUGAAUUUCUAUCGGGACCAGUUGGAUCCAGCAGAGCCUACAAAAGAAUCCCUUGGUGGUAGCAGGGAAAGAAGUUUCAAUAAUCUGGUCAUUGAUAAUGCUAGUCAAACAGCAGAUAACAAGCACACAGGCAGCAUCAUUUUUCCUUUCUUUCUUCUAGUGAAUAAACCAAGCUGUUGAAAUUGAUUCCUUCAGUUUCUACUUCUAAGGAUGGAUUCCCGUACAGAAAUCUUUUCACACCUCACUAGCCAUAAACGUUUAAUGAUUAUUGAAAGAUCAAUAAGGUUACUGAAACAGCGUGAUGUUGAUUUUAACCAAUUGGAUUAAGCUAUUAAGGCUGUGAUUGACAUGUUUUGAAGCCUGACCAGUCAGGAUUUUAAGAUUCAUCUGGUGGAUGUUUAUAAUGUAAAAAGCAAUAGCAUUCUUGCUGGUGUUCCUGUCCCUCCUUCCUCGUGUGCCCCUUGCGCUUCUCUCGCACCCAAAAUCCCCAUUCUGCCACGCGGGCUACAAUGGAUGGGAUCACAUUGGGCAAUUCCAGAAAAUAUCCAUACCAUACCCCGGACAGCUUCCAUAUUUUAUUCCCCCCCAACCUGAUCUUUGGAAUUUCCAAAAUGCAUUAUCCCCCAAUGCCCUUGUAAUUUCAAAAUCGUCAACCUCCCCUUCCGUUCGCAUUUUCCAUUUUUUUCUUCAAACCCUUCGGAAUAACCAGCAGAGUUCACAAAUAUAUAGUUUGGCUCUGAUUUUACACCCAAUUAUUUCAAAUGAAUCUACUUCUGUUCAGUGGAGCUGGUUACAGCCGGAGUCAUUGCAGGUCAUUAUAACUCCAGAAAUUCUGAAAAUAUGAACAAAACAAAUAUUAAUAAAAGUUUCUUUGUUACCACUGUUCAACGGAUGCAAUCUAUAUUAACUUUACAUUGCCCGAAACUGGUACAAAAGCUUGAAAUGAGAAUAUCAAGUGUGAUGAACGUCUGUACACUUGGAAGUUAGUAUGAUCGAGAGCAAGAUCAUCAUUUCUGCCGUCUCGAAUUUGAGCCUUCGGGGUCAGCAGUCACUCCCAAUCCCACAAGCUUCAAAGGUUAAAAUGGCAUCCUCGGUGAAAAGACCAUGUUUUGUACUGAAUGGACAAAGUAAUUUAUGAACUUCAAGCUGUUUUGAUGAGAGGUAAAAUUAUGUUGUGUGGCAUUAAGGCCUCUGGAACUUGAUGUUCAACCCACGUUUUGUCGGUUUUUCCUACAAAUGAACAUGAAAACAUAGUUCGUUAUCGAUCAAGCUUGUCUUGUAUCCUGUGUUGCCAGUGUUGCCAACUCAUGCUUUAUUUGUGAACUGAUUAAGUCGAUAAAAUAAGCGUUUUCAAGGAAUACACUCUUGUCUGUGUCCUGUGGAAAUUCCGUAUCUAAAGUCCCCCAUGCCUUUGGAAUUCCGAUCUUAAAAUUUAAUGUCUCCCCAUGCCUUCACAUUUUCAGUUCGAAGUCCCUCCCUUGCCCUCAGAAUUCUGAAAAGCCGUCCAUAGUAUGGUAUGGAUAUUUAUUAGAAUCACCCAUUUUCAUGAUUGGAUUGACUAUUAUGGGGUUGCAUUUUUGUUACAGUAACUAGAAUGAGAACACACAUUUUCAAGAUUUUUGUAUAAAGAAAAUUUUUGCAUUAAAAAAUUUGAAAAAAAAUGUGCAAAUUCAUUUUAGAAUGACUGAACUAACAGGCUUUAUAAGGUAGCUGCAUACACAGACUGACCAGUGGGCAAAUGAAAGUAAAUAAGUUACUAAGAUGGGGUUCAUAAUUUACCAGAAAAUAGACUAUAAUUUAUAAUGGGGUAGGGAUUUCAAGUGGCCAGCGGCACAUACCUAGCAAAAAUUGACCCGAGUCUCUUACACAGGUGUCUCUUGUAUUAAGUGGGUGUCCAUAGAGCGGGGUUCCACUGUACCUAACUUGGAAGGGUUUUGGUAAAUGCUUGAGCAACUUUAACUUACUUCUCUCCUGAAUAAUCUCUGAAAAACCUAAAUAGAUCGCUCAGCUAUAAGCAAAGUCUUGUUAAGGUACUUUGAAAGGCUCUUCUAAGUACUGAAAUAGCAGUUUCCUAGGGUAUCCCCAUAUCAUGCCUUUUUGGAAUUAACCCCUACCCAUUGGGUAUAAUAACCCUGGCUAGUUUUUAAUUGUUGGCAAAUCCAAGAUGGAUUAAAAUAUUGUCACCAUUUCCUGUCCAUCCUAGAUUUUGCCAACUAAUGAAAACUGAAAAUUCACAGACCAGUCCAGAUUGUCAGGAUACUGUACAUCAGAAAACCAGGAGUAUUUUUUAGUUACCACAUAUGUUAAGAUUUCCGCAAUGGUUGGGGAUCAUUUCCAACAUAUGAAAACUCAAAAUUUUUACCAAUGCCAGCAGAUAUCCUUUGACAUUGUGCUCUUUCUUUUUUGCCCUGUGACACAAUUUUCAAUCUGUAGUUCAAAACAAAUGCCCACACAUUCACAUUUUUUUAUUUCCUUUGAGGCAAGCGAUAUGAAUCAACUUGCAAUGAGUGAUUGUUAAUUUGUAUUCACGCCAGAAUAAGGCCGUCCGUGAAGAAACACAUUUUCAACAAACAAGUCAAAAUUGAAAGAAACAGCACUAAGUCUAAAGGUAGCCUGAGAAAACAGCCAACAUUUCACGACACCACUACAGGUUUGCGCAGAAAUUCCAUACAAUUGACAUGUUAUGGAAACUGACCAUUUCAACACAAGUCAUUUCAUUACGACCUCAAGCACUGAAAUAACACAAAAAUUUUGAUCACUUCAAGUGCAGUUUGGGCAUGAAAAAGGAAAACAUUUGGGGCGACUAUUCUUCAUUCUUUAAGCCAAGGGUGUGAAACUGUUUACACCUUGACUUAAUCAACUUGUGUCAAAAUGCCUUGUAUUGAAACGACCGGCAACCUGUGUUACUACCCAGAUCUGGCUAUUUCUUUUGAUUUUCUGAAGCAGUUUUCCUCGCUGCAUGACCAAUCAGAAGCAAGUGUGGAUCAAGGAUAAGUACUGACCAAUUUCCUAGCCUCCAGGGGGACCAGAGAGCAUGCACCAUCAGGAAAUUUUUUGGAUUUAAACUUCCUGAAGUCCCCUUUCCUGGGUUUCUGAGUCAUUCAGACAGGAUAUUGGCCAGAUUUCAACAUGGAAAAUAUUUUUUAUUUAAAGUAUAUUUGUUUAUGAAAAAUCUGACCAAUUUUUGUAAAACAGUGGAAACCGGUGUGGAUCCGCCCCUGAGUUCAAGCACUACCCAGAUCUUUGUAGUGACACAUGACUUAUUAGUAUGGAAUUUUUGCACUUGUUUCUGAGAUGUCAUUUCAUGGGGAAACCAGUGGCAGAAACAAAAAUGUGAUCUUAUAGAAUGAAUCUGGACAGCAUUUGUAAGACUAACUCCUUGUCACCUCAAACUGCAUUGAUUUCAUUUUAAUGCCUUUUAUGUCCUUUUCUUUUGUUCAUUAAUGUAGAGAAUAUAAAAUGGGCCUAACUCCACUUUUGGCUGCUGCUAAAGAAGGCCAUGAAAGUAUAUUUGAAGUGCUUCUUAGAUCUAAUGUGAAACUGGUGAGAGCUAGGACAAAAACUGGCGAGGAUGCACGGUCUUUAGCUCUUCGUCAUGGAAACAUGGCAGUUGUUAACAGAAUCGAUUUACAGCAACACCAGCAGCGAAAUCAUUUGCUUCGAAGUGAACCUGGUCUUUCACCAGAUGACACUGAUCUUUAUGGUAACGGUCUUGAUGAGGAAGGUGGUUAUUGGCACCAAGCAAAGAAUAACAUUCCAAUGAGUGGGAUCCGCGAUGGCCCAAAGGCUUUUGAAGAGAUAAUAAACAACCAUCGUAUUGGACCGAUGAACAUUCCUCCCUUGCCAGGAAGACAGCAGCCUCAUGCACAUGUUACAGGAAGUCCAUGCAAUCUCUCUGUCUCAAAGUCACCUGAAGGCCCUGUGGGAAGUUUAGAGGAGCCUUUCUUGAGUAAGUUUGGUGAAACAGUUCGAAGUGCUAGUUUGCAUGAGCAAUUACCAAAAAUGAACAGUCAAGGUGAUAAAAAUGUACAGAAUCAUGGCAAUACCGUACCAACUAUUAGUAGAUUUCUUGAAGACCUAAAAUUAACACAGUACCUCCCAACAUUUGAAAAACAGGAUGUGGAUUUUAAUACAUUGCUCAAUUUUACGGAAAAUGAUCUAAAGGAAGUUGGGAUUACUUUGUUUGGCCCCAGAAGGAAAAUAUCAACAGCACUUUCUCGUUGGAAAGAAAACAGCCACACUUCUACUUAUAACAAAGAGACCAAGAAAACAAAAUCACAGCUUUAUCAAGCAGAAGGGCAGCUUCAUGAGACAAAACCUCAAGUUCAGCAGCUUCAAGCUCAGCUGACUCAAGAGAAUGAGCUGCGUCUUUUUGUUGAAGGAUGUCUUUUAGAGGAGAAGGCAAAACGACAGGAGAUCUUCAACAGAGUUCACAAGCAACAAGAAGAUUGGAAACAUGUGAAAGGUGAAUUAGAAACAUUGCAGGCUCUAAGUCAAGACUUGACAAAAUACUUGAACUUACAAGAAGGCCAGGUUAAAGAAGUGCAUGAUAAACUACAGACCUGCAUCAUAAAUUUGGGAAUUUUUGUGCACCAAGGGACCACUGAAACUAACAGUAUAUUAAUCGAGAAUGAGAGCACGCAAUGUGACAAUUCCUUUGAAUCUUCGGGGAGUUCAAGUUCCUAACCCAGCUCUCAGGUGGUCCAUGUCCCUUCAAAGUUACUCUGAGGACAAGGAGGAUCAUUGUAAAACUAUCUUAUUACAAUCAGACUAUGAAAGGCUAAGCCCGAAACCCUGAAAGCCUGAAAGCCUGAAAGAUCAAAGUUGCCCUUGAUUUAUCUGAGAACACAAAAUCAUUCCCUCUGUGAAAACAAACAUGGGAUGUUGAUUGCUAACACUUAAGAGUUUUUUCGUGAAAGGAACAUAAAUAUUUUAUUGAAUGAGGCUUUCUUAUGAUGUGAAGAAUUGUGCUGAUCUCGAAGACUGUCAUUUACCGAAGCAAAGGCCAUUCAAAAUAUUUCCCAACAAGCUUACCUGCUCAUGGACUUUCUUUUAAAUUUUGGCCUUUUUCUUGGCACGGUUUCAGGAUACAAACAGAUGAUUUUUCGUGCAGAUACUCGUCAAAAAUUAGAUAUUAUCCAUUGAGCAAUGUUUUAAGAAUUCAGCUAUUUUGUCUUCAUAUAGCCAUGAACACCAUUUUUCUAGUUCACUCAUGAAUAAACAGCUGUAGCUAGGCAGCCAUGUCUGAAAAUGAGGUUAAUUGAUAGCCUAUUGCACAUGCAGCCUUAAUUGUUCCAAUCAAAUGUACCUAUGAGCAACCUCAUUUCCAAUCAAAUGUACCAUCAAAUCAAUGGUAUACUGCUUGCAACUUCCAAAUUUGGUCAGUGCUAGUUGGCACUAGCCAGGUUGGAAUUAGCUAGGGAGUUAGAGCCAGUCAGUAUUAUUUCAAAAUAAUAUUUUUCAUCUUUGCCACAUAAGACGUAUACCCGGUAAUAAUUAUACAGUUAUUGCAGAAUCUUAGUAUCUAAGCUUUGUAUGUUUCUUGUUUAUGGACAAACCAUGGACUCGCACAAAAAAACCUGUGGCUCCUCCCUUAAGCAGUCAAUCAAAUGAGACCUCAUUUACGUUAUCAUAACACAUCACUUAAGGAGCCUUUUCACAUGAGGUCACGUCUGCCAUAUUGGUGUCCUAAAACAAAGAAAUGGCGGCCAUGUUGGUGUCCCAAACCAUCCCUGUCUCCUGUUGUUCCAAUUGCAUAGCUGCUGAUCCCUCACGUGAGUGAAAACGCUCUAUAACUUAAGUUUACUGCAAAAGUGUUCUAAAAUGGGUUAUUCCAGAAAAAAAUCCCCCCAAUGGAAGGCUUUUUUUUUCAUCCCCCCCCCACCGCUUCCACCCAGAGUUACAAAACUGCUUUAGCCUCCUGUGAGAUUUCCCAGCUUGCCUUGCAUUGUUAGGGUGUGGAUUUUUUCUGGAAUAACCCAAUAGGACUUAGCUAACUGCAACCUGAUGUAUGCAGAAUGUUUGUGCAAGAUGUGAUAUGUAGAAUUUGUCUUUUUUUUUUUAAUUCUAUUAUCACUAGUUACUUUAUAUAUAAUUGUGACAUCAUGAUUAAGGAACUCUAGAAAUAAAUUCCUAGGGCCAGGGUUGUCACUAAGAUUUCAAGUCUCCGGGUAAAUACAACAAGUAGGCGGGGAAUCAAACAGCUAGGAAUUUCUUUUGGUUCUAUUUUUCUUUUAUUUUCCUUUGAAAGUAGCCGGGGAAAACGUUCAUAGUAACCGGGGAAAAUCCCCGGCCCCCGCCUCUUAAUGACAGCCCUGCUGGGGGGGAGCAUUACUCAACACAGUUUUAGACGGGGAGGCUCUGUCCUAAGGUACCACUAUCAAGCACAUACUUUAAAACACUGCAUCCCUUUUAUAAUAAUAAUGGUUUAUUAACAGUGUAUCCACCUAGUGGCUCUUCAAAUGUUAAAAACUACAAUAUAAAAAUGAAAAACUACAAUAUACUACAAAAAAAAAAUUGAAAUCUACAAUAUAAAAAGCAAUAAUAUCAGGCUAUAAUUAUAAAGAUACAAAUUUGUAUAAAACUGCUGUAAGUUCACCAUCUUUUGAAUUUGAAUAAAUCAAUACCAAGGGAGUUAUUUCUCUUUCGCGGCCA